AUGGUUACCGACGAGCCUCAGACCGUACCAGUUGUAUCCAUCGCUUUCUUUUAUUCUUCAACAAUUCCAACAAGAGAAGAUGACGAUUUUGACCAGGCAGAUUCGAUGAUGGCGUUACAAAUAUUAUUUACGAUAAAGCAAAACCAGACAAUGAAUCUUUCUAUUCGAAAUGUUACUAAAAUUCAAUUUGGAACAUGUUUAGAUCAGAUUAUUGCUGGUACAGACACUUCAAUACGUCGAAACAAGAUAAGUAUACAGGUUCUUGCUCAUCUGAUCUCAAUGACUGUACAACUCAAAUAUCUUGUCGUUCAACAUUUCAAAUGGCUUCUAUAUGCUGCUCAAUACGCAUCUGAAGAACUAGGAGCAAAUACAUUAAGUACUGUUCGAUAUGUUGAGUUUAGUCUUCCAAGUUGCCAUAAUAGUUCCAAAAGAGAAAUUCUUAUGUGUAAACAGCUGGUACCUUUUCUUAAACAAUAUAUGCCUUAUUUACAAACAUUACAUAUUUGGCGACCAGAUGAUUUUCCGUGGACAUCUAUUCGACCGGAUUAUGGCAAGAAGAAAGAUGACAGUGGACGUUUUACCUAUCGAUGGUUGAAGUCUCUGAGAACAUCCGAAUCAAUUAGCCGGCAUACAACAGUUUUCAAACAAGAUCUUUGCCAACUGGUCAAAAACUUGAAAGAAUUGACAUUUCUGGAUAUUCAUGGCGAAAUUGAUCAUGAGAAAGUUGAAUCUUAUCGUUUAAUGGCUCAAAGGCGCUUUCCUAAUAGUCGAAUAGAUUUUGAUUUAUCAAGAUUUCGUCUCUGGCUUUAA